AUGGCGUGGGCCAACAGCGAUCUCUCGGUGCUUGUCCAUGCAACGACAUGGGUGAUGCUCUUUCUAUCGACUAUCUUCCUCGCCCUCCGAGUCUACAGCCGGCUUCGAAACACCGGGAUCGGGCUUCAAGCAGACGACUGGGUGCUCGUUGCGGGAUGGUUCUUCUUGCUUCUAGCGUCAGCAAACGUGUCCUGGUUGAUGGCUGUGUUUCUUAUUCGAGGAAACCUGCUGAAGAUCACUAUUGCCCGAACCCACCAUAACCUUCAAUCUGUCGCUCUAGGGCUGACAAAGACAUCGUUUGGAAUCACGCUGUUGCGGUUGAUGCCCGGGGGUUGGGAAGCAAAGCUCAUAUGGGGCGUUAUCAUUACGAUGAACCUACAAUUUGCGAUACACAUCAUUGCAACAUGGCAGGCUAUCUGCGGUGCACCAGACCAAGGACAUAUCGGAGGCGAUAGGUGCUGGCGGUUAGACCAGUCGGUAGCAUUCACUGUCUUCAGUGCAUCCGUGGCUUUAAGCAUGGGAAUCCUAGCAGGUGUUACAGGGGUUAUGAAAGCUGUUCAGGGCUACAUGCUGAUCAACGUGAGAUCUCCUGAUUAUCUAUACAACCAAGCAGUCUACUGGGUAUGGUCUAUGGCAGAGCCGAACGUCACUAUUAUCUCAGCAUCCAUACCAGUUCUCCGUGGUUUCGUUCGCCAGGUCCGGAAACGAACAGAAUCUUCGCCGGGAGCUGGAGCAUACAUCAAGACAGGGGAUACAAGCGGAAGAUUUUACAAUCGGAGUACUGUGACGGCGACAAGAGCAGAGCCGAGAGAUCAAGAUGCUUCGAGUGACAGCAGCAUACUGGUUUCGGGGCAGCAAGGAAGCAAUGCUAGUGGAAGAGGCGGUAUCACAUGGACUACUGAGGUGAGCGUUGAAUACGCACCUCGACCUCAAACCGGGAAUCACAAUGGAUCAAUGGAGACGGACAUUUCAAAGAGUGUGGGCGAGUUCGAGAUGAAGCCUAUAGAUCGCCGGAAAGGCAGCACAUAG